CCCCCCCUGUUCCUCUGCGCAGGAUGGUUCCCCCUCCGCCCGUGAGCAAGCCCCACGUGUGCCUCUCCACCGUGCUCAUCAUGAGCAGCCUCAUCCUCAUGGACGCCUACCUGGUGGAGCAGAGCCAGGGCUCCAGGAAGCUGGGCAUCUGCAUUAUGGUGGCAGUGGGUGACGUGUGCUUCCUGCUGGUGCUCCGCUACGUGGCCAUCUGGGUCGGGGCAGAGGUGAAGACAGCCAAGCGGGGCUAUGCCAUGAUCCUCUGGUUCCUCUACGUCUUUGUUCUGGAGAUCAAGGUCUACUUUGUCUACCAGAACUAUAAAGCUGACCGGAAAAGCCUGGACCUCAUGGCCCGCAAAGCACUGACCUUGCUGCUCUCCAUCUGCAUCCCAGCCCUCUAUGUGCUGUUGGUGGCCACAGAGCACAUGGAGUACGUCAGGACGUUCAAGAAGAAAGAGGAUCUCCGCAAUCGCCUCUUCUGGGUCAUUGUGGACAUGCUGGAUGUGCUGGACAUCCAGGCCAACCUGUGGGAGCCCCAGAAGAAGGGGCUGCCGCUCUGGGCUGAGGGCAUCAUGUUCUUCUACUGCUACAUCUUGCUCCUGGUCCUCCCGUGUGUGUCGCUGUGCGAGAUCAGCAUGCAGGGGAUCGGCAUUAUGCCGCACCGCAUGAUGCUGUACCCCAUGUUGAGCAUGCUCACCGUCAACAUUGCCACCAUCUUCAUCCGCGGCAGCAACAUGGUCUUCUUCAGAGAUGCCCGCGUCUCCAGCAUCUUCAUGGGCAAGAACGUGCUGGCUAUCGGACUGAAGAUCUCCAUGUUUGUGCAGUACCAGCGACACCGGCACCAGGCGUCCCUGGGGCCGGGCCCGGUGCCGCAGCACGGCGCCCAGGCCCAGCCUCCUUCCCCGGGGCUGCCCAAGCCCCGGGACCGGCCUGCCUGCCCCGAGGAGCUGGCCCAGGACAACACGUGA